UCCCUCCCCAAUAGGGCCUUUGGCCGCGGGGGCCCGGGAGGGAAGGGAAGCGGGAGCCCGAGCCCGAGCCCGAGUCCGGGGAGGAGGGAGGGAGCGAGCGGCCGCGGGGGGCCGGAGCGGUCAACAGGCUGCCGGCUGCCUCGGGAGGGAGAUCUCCGGUCAGUGUUCGCUGCCGCAGCACAAUCCCCUGGGGAAUGCUACACAGACGCCCAUCAGAAACGUUCACGCUGAUGAAGUGAACUUAAUGAUGAUCAGAACCCCACCGAAAAGGAAACUGAUGGAUCUGCAGUCAAUCCUGUUGAUGAACCAGAAAUUCUCCCUCGCGCCCCAGAAAUGGAGUCAGCAGAACCAGUGGCAGGAAAUUCAGCGGAACUAGAUACAGAACCAGUGGCAGAGCCUGCAGCUGAAGAGCCUGCAGCUGAAGAAGAACCUGCAGCUGAAGAACCUGCAGCUGAAGAAGAACCUGCAGCUGAAGAACCUGCAGCUGAAGAAGAACCUGCAGCUGAAGAACCUGCACCUGAAGAAGAACCUGCACCUGAAGAAGAACCUGCAGCUGAAGAUGAGCCUGCAGCUGAGCAAGAACCUGCAGCUGCACCAGAACCUGCAGCUGAAGAAGAACCUGCAGCCGAACCAGAACCUGCAGCCGAACCAGAACCCGCAGCCGAACAAGAACCCGCAGCCGAACAAGAACCCGCAGCCGAACCAGAACCCGCAGCCGAACCAGAACCCGCAGCCGAACCAGAACCCGCAGCCGAACCAGAACCCGCAGCCGAACCAGAACCCGCAGCCGAACCAGAACCCGCAGCCGAAGAAGAACCCGCAGCCGAAGAAGAACCCGCAGCCGAACCAGAACCCGCAGCCGAACCAGAACCCGCAGCCGAACCAGAACCCGCAGCCGAACCAGAACCCGCAGCCGAACCAGAACCUGCAGAUGAACCUGUGGCAGAGCCUGCAACUGAACCAGAGCCUGCGGCUGAGCCUGUGGCAGAGACUGCAGUUGAACCAGGGACAGAAACUGCAGGAGCACCGGUGGCAGAGACUGCACCUGAACAAGAGGGGCAGGUCAUUCAUGGAUCUAAAACUGAACCAGUAGGUAAAUCUGAAACAUCUGAACCUGCAGCUGGCACCACUGAUCAAACUGCAGCUGCAACCGAGAUUUUAGCUUCAGCUGUGACAGAGAUGUCUGCAGACUUUGAAGAAAAAAUUGGAACCUGUUUUGAAGAUCCAUAUAAGCGAUCUGUGCUGUACAUGGAGAAACACAAUAUUCUACAGAUAUUUCAGAAAAUGACUGAAAAUUUGGUGUAUGAAAGACCAGAUGACCCCCUUGAAUUUAUGUUGCAGCAGAUACAAGCAAUGAUCUAUAUGCGGGACGAACAAGAAAUCUGUGUGGAAUAAACUGCACCAGAACAUACAGUAUUAUGAAAACAUUAUGUAGGAGUUGAUGUAUUUUGAUCUUUAAUCAAGUCUCCUCUUAUUGUUUCUAUUACUGUAAUAUCAUGUAAAGUGCAGUGUACAAAUAGAGAAAGCACGCCAUGUGAACAAUGGCAAAGGUUAAAUGGAUGAGAUAGUUCCACCUUCCCAAGCAGAACCAAGAAGAUCAGGUCACUAUUUCCAAUCAUGUAUAUUUUGCAUGUUUUUGAUGUUAAGAUAUACAGUGACCCCAAGUUUUUUUCUGAAAGACAAUUAAACAUCUGAACGCAUCCCUUUUCACAUCAUGUUUGCAUCCAUUAUUAAGGACACGUUAACCAGCAACACGAAACCAUUAAAAUGAAAAUGGCUUGA